ACGGGUGUGGGAUUAAGGUGUCAGAUGCAUACAUUUAAUUACUCCAAUGAUCCGACCUUCGCUUCACGAUCACUGGCAAUGGUACCUGUUAUUUAAGCCCUUUGAAAUCUUCAUUCAUUCACACCGAUACAACUCCCCAUGGGUACUGCGGAUAAUACUUUUGGAGCGUUCUUGAUCGGGGUUGUAGUCUCCGCCGCGCUUUACGGAGUGACUUGUUUGCAGACAUGGUACUACUUUAGCCGGUAUUUCUCGGAUCCUUGGUACACCAAGCUUUUAGUCGGCGCCGUAUUUGUAUCAGACACAACCCACCAAGCUUUGAUUACACACACCGUGUACACGUACCUUGUCACUGACUUUGGCAACGCCAGUGAUCUCGAGAAACUUGUGUGGAGUUUAUCUGUUGAAGUUUUGUUCAAUGGCUUCACGGGGUUUAUGGUUCAAAGCUUCCUCGCCAAGCGUGUCUACCAUCUGAGCAACAAGAACAUGAUUAUAACCGCGUCCGUGAUGUCACUUGUCAUCGCUGAAUUUGUCAUUGUUAUCAUAUAUGUUGCAAAAGCUGUCGGGUUGACGACCUUCGCUCAAGUUCCCCAGAUCAGGUCAUUGUCAAUGUCUAUAAAUGCUAUAGCAGCUGCGGGAGAUAUCCUUAUCGCUGUGUUGCUCUGCACAUUCCUCCAACGAUCUCGCACUGGGUUCCGUCGGUCCGAUACUAUGAUCAAGAAGCUCAUGCUGUUCACUAUCAACACCGGUCUACUUACCAGUGUUUGCGCAAUGAUGUCCUUUAUUUCUAUUGCAGUGUGGCCUGAUACCUACAUUUACAUCGCAUUCUAUUUCUGCGUGGGACGUCUUUACUGCAAUUCCCUGCUGGCAACCCUCAAUGCACGCAAGGGUGUCCGCCGCGAUUCUUGUGACGAGCACCUGUCGAUCUCGCUACAUAAAGCUCGGAGACCUAUCGACAGUCCCAUCGGUUCAUCGCAAAUGGAGAUGCCGAACGACCUUUCAAUUAAGAUAGAUACCACGCAAGAAUACACUGAAGACGAGGACCUCAAAAGGCCUCAGUCAGUUUAAUUCCUAUGCGGAUGAGAUCACAAAAUGCGCCUAUCUCAUCAGCUAUUACUCCUAGAAGAGCAAGCAUGCUGUGCCUUUGACAAUGUGCAAAUUCAUUUGGUUGUAUAUUCUUCGCAUAGACUUAGUCUAUAUUUCAUUCCAAUUCAUUGAGACUAUCUCAACACACUCGGCAGUCUUCACUUAUCCAUUCAAUACUAGUCACUCACACCGAUGCGUGUAGCUACACAAAUAAUGCUUUCACAGAAUGUAUUUGGUUCCAACAGGCUCGGCCCUGGAAAAUGUAGCAGCGAGGGUACAGAGAAGGAGCAAUCACAUGGAUCUCAAUAGUACCAUUGGCGCUUAUGCAGAAUCGAUUUGGCACAAUACGAUGAAACGCGACCUGACGCGUUUAAUUAGUUGAUCAAUUACCAAAAA